UACGUCCUGAUCACGCAACUACUUCUCAACCGUUUCACUGUGUACAGGCACGACCGCGCGUUCAGUUGUGCUACUAAUUUCACCUUUUGGACGCUUUCUCUUCACGUCGCUGAGUUCCCACCUGUCGCUCUCUACCCCAACCACCGACACAGUAUCGGACCAGCAUGCGGGUACAAGCCUCGUUGUCGGCCUUCCUGGCUGUCGCAACUACUCUCGUGCAUGCGGCACCAAGCACAACCAGCAAGAGAAGCGUCGAAUUCAACUGGGGCAGCACAAAAGUCCGGGGUGUCAAUCUUGGAGGAUGGCUGGUCCUUGAACCAUUCAUCACGCCUUCCAUCUUCGAGUUCCACAGCGAUCCUGGCUAUCCUGUCAUUGACGAGUGGACUCUGUGCGAGAAGCUCGGCAAGCAAGGCUGCUUCGAUGCACUCAAGCCUCACUGGGACAACUUCGUCUCGCUCCAGGACUUCCAGAAGAUCCGUGACUCCGGCUUCAACGUGGUCCGUAUCCCUGUCGGCUACUGGUCCUACGUCGAGCCAUGGGGUCCUUUCACCCAGGGUGCUGCACCCUACCUCGACAAGGCCAUCAGUUGGGCGCGCGAGACCGGGCUUAAAGUUGUCAUCGACCUGCACGGCGCACCAAAGAGCCAGAACGGAUUUGACCACAGUGGCCAGAAGCUGGACAACCCAGGCUGGGGUGAUGCGGACAGCCUUGCAUACACUCACCAGACGCUCAAGAUCCUCAACGAGAAGUAUGCGAAGCCAGAUAUGCAAGAUGUCGUCGUCGCCAUCCAGCCCGUCAAUGAGCCUUUCCUAGCAAUGGUUCCACAAGCUACUGUCCGCCAGUUCUACCGCGAUGCCUUCUAUAACUUGCGUCAAGUCAGCGAUACGCCAAUUGCCCUCCACGACGGCUUUCUCGACCCAAGCUGGAUGAACGGAUUGCUUACACCUCAGGACAACAAUGCACAGGGUGUCAUCGUCGACCACCAUCAGUACCAGAUUUUCGACGCUGGACUUGUCUCAAUGGGUGUAGAGCAGCACCUAAGCAUGGCUUGCAAUGCGGUCGACUCUUACGCCACUUCCGAUAAGUGGACUAUCGUCGGCGAGUGGUCCGGGGCUCUUACCGACUGCGCCAAGCACCUGAAUGGCUUCGCAUCGGGCUCGCGCAUGGAAGGUAGUUACGCCGGCGCGUCCUAUAUCGGCUCCUGCAACGGCAAGUCUGGACGAGUUGACUCUUGGUCUCAGGAUUGGAAGGAUAGCGUGCGCAGGUACAUCGAGGUGCAACUCGACGCUUUCGAGACCCGUACCCAAGGCUGGAUCUUCUGGAACUUCAAGACUGAGGGUAGUGCAGGAGAGUGGGACCUGUUCCAGCUGCUUGACGGUGGCGUCUUCCCGCAGCCGCUGGGCAAUCGCAAGUUUGACAAGUACUGCACGAACCUUAGAGUUUAUGCUACGACGAAGAAGUAAGCAGUAUGUGGACUGACGAGAUGAUAUGGUGUUGUAAUAGGUGGAAGGCUGGUGAUGGGCCUGUCAGAAGACAAGUAUACUAUAUAUCACAUCUUAUAUUCAGUAUAUAAUGACGAGACGUUACAUACU